AUGAAAUCAAUAACAAAUGCCGCCGAGAAAAAUAUCCCCAAAUUGAAACAGAGGAAGAAAAGCUUCGAUCCACCCUGGUGGAACAAAGAAAUAGAGGCCCUAAAGAAAGACAUGGUUAGGAAAAAGAAAAGGAUCUCAUACGCAGCUCCCAGGAGGAGAGAGUGCGUAAUAACUGCCUACCUGGAGGCAAAAAAGAUAUACGAAGAAGAGAUCGAAAGGGCUCAAAAGGAAGGGUGGAAAAAACUCUGCACGAAGCAAGAAGGGGAAAGCUUAUGGGACAGGAUAUAUAAAAUAAUAAGAAAGGCGGAAGGGAUCAGGGAAGACACCACGCUAAUAGAGAAGGGCAUUUCGUUGAACUCCGAAGAAUCGGUGCAGCUGCUGGCACAGAAAUUCUUCCCGCCUGAUAAUUGCGAGAUGGAUGAUGACAUCCAUCAAAAAAUGAGAAAAACGGUUGAGGAAAUGACCAGCAGCUUGCAGGGAAGUAGCGCUGAUGAAGUGCCAAUCACAAUGGCGGAGCUCAUCAGCACUGCUAGAAGCUUCAACCCGAGGAAGGCCCCGGGGGGCCGAUGGACUCACUGCGGAUAUCUGCUGCGCAGCUAUCACGGCGAACCCGGAGGUUCCCCUGGCCAUCUUCAAUAA